UUGUGGUGGUGAAAGUAAAAAUAGUAGUGAAAACGAGGGUUCCAGUAAACAAACUCGCACAAAGGGCAGUGAUUUAACUAUAAGAGAAAGUUCUAAUGGCAAUGAUUUAACUAUUGGCAGUGAUUUAACUAUAAGAGAAAGUUCUAAUGAUCUCGAGGUAACUCAAAAAUACAGGAAUUUGUGGGUUCAAUGCGAGAAUUGUUAUGGAUUAAAUUAUAAGAAAUUUUUUAAAUCAAAAAUGAAUAUUUGUGAACAAUGUGGAUAUCAUUUGAAAAUGAGUAGUUCGUAUAGAAUUGAACUUUUGGUCGAUCCUGGUACUUGGGAUCCUAUGGAUGAAGACAUGGUCUCUCUGGAUCCCAUUGAAUUUCAUUCAGAAGAGGAGCCUUAUAAAGAUCGUAUUGAUUCUUAUCAAAGAAAGACAGGAUUAACCGAGGUUGUUCAAACAGGCAUAGGCCAAAUAAACGACAUUCCCGUAUCAAUUGGGGUUAUGGAUUUUUAGUUUAUGGGGGGUAGUAUGGGAUCCGUAGUCGGAGAGAAAAUCACCCAUUUGAUUGAACACGCUGCCAAUCAAAUUUUACCUCUUAUUAUAGUGUGUGCUUAUAGGGGCGCGCAUGCAGGAAGGAAGUUUGAGCUUGAUGCAAAUGGCUAAAAUAUCGUCUGCUUUAUAUGAUUAUCAAUUAAAUAAAAAAUUAUUUUAUGUAUCAAUCCUUGCAUCUCCGACAACUGGUGGAGUGACAGCUAGUUUUGGUAUGUUGGGGGAUAUCAUUAUUGCCGAACCCAAUGCCUACAUUGUAUUUGCAGGUAAAAGAGUAAUUGAACAAACAUUGAAUAAAACAGUCCCCGUAGGUUCACAAGUAGCUGAAUACUUAUUCCAGAAGGGUUUAUUUGACCUAAUUGUACCACGUAAUCUUUUAAAAAGCGUUCUGAGUGAGUUAUUUAAGCUCCACGCCUUUUUUCCUUUGAAUCAAAAGUCAAGCAAAAUCAAGUAGAGCACUAAGGUCAUUAUUUUAUUUUAUUUGUGUUUGUAGC